AUGAAGUCCCUGAAGUUCCUUGCUGCAGAGGGUUUCGUCCGGACUGGUCCAGUCGCUCUGGAGAACCUCAACUGUCUGUCUUUUAAUCUCUACCCGCUGCUCUUCAAGGCCUGCUACCUCCACGAGCAGGCUGACGUGAUGCACGCUCUGGUCCGGACAUGGCCUCUCGCAGAGCUCAACCUACAGUGGCUGCUGGGAAAGACAGCCGACUGUCAGGUGGACCUCACAUCACGCACCUGCCGGCUCUGCCUGGAGGGGAUUCUGACCGGCCUAAAGGAUUAUGCGCUGUCUCCUCAGAGUACUUAUGCCAAAUGCCUCCGUGUGGUAGACCUUACUGCCCUGAAAGACGUCGAGCACCAGGACUGUCCCUGCCGGUCCACCCUGGGUCGGUGGGCAAGAACACAUCUCCUGACCCAAAUGUGCUAUGAGACCAUGGUGGCCAUGCAAGCCGAUGACGUUUCCCGAUCUGCCUUCGAAGUAUCGAUCGACGUCCGUCUGAACGGCUUCGUCACAGGCCGCAACUACGAGGUCGUGGCUCAGGCAUUCCUCCUCCUCCGCUUCUGUCCGCUGAAGCUUCGUUUUGUCGGUUUCCGGGGCGAUUCCCUCUCUCUCAAGCAGCUCUUCUAUGUUCUGCGACUGGCACAGCCCGAGUCCAUCACAAAGCUGGAGGUGGUCCACAACGUUCCCCUGGAGGCCCCACACCUGGAGGUGCUGCUGUCCAGGGUGGAUUUCCCUAAACUACAGUCCCUGACCCUGCCAGCUGGGGCGCUGGAUGUUCGGAGGUUGGGUUCUGAUGAUGACGAUCUGUUCGCCACCAUCGGCAAACUGCUGGCCCAGCUGAGCAGCCUGACUGAGCUCUACGUAGGAUUCUCCACUCUUACUGGACACCUACGCCGACUGCUUAGUCCUCUCAACACUCCUCUGCAGUGCCUGGAGUUGGCCAACACCUGCCUGACCCGCGUGGACAUGACGUACCUGGCAAACAGCCUCCACAGUGAGGCCAUGGUCCGCCUCGACCUCAGCGGACAUGACAUCUUCGUCACUUUCUCCACUUCUUUCCACAAACUGCUCAGCCGUUGCUCGGCCACACUCGCCAGCCUGGCCCUUGAAGAGUGCAACAUCGAGGACGAGCACAUGGACGCCUUCACUAAUGCUCUGGCUUCCUGUCAGGCGCUGGAAGAACUCAAGCUCCUGGGAAACCCACUGACCUCUGCAGCCCUGCGGAGGCUGUUCUCCGUGCUAUCUGUAGGUUUUACUAAGUUGCGGUAUAUAGAGGUACCAGUUCCCCGCGAGUGUUACCCCGGGGAUGUCACUUUUCCUCUCGAUGAGUCAGUUCUACUGCGUUACAACAGGGAGUUGUUUCAGGAGGUCAAGGGUCAGUUGAUGGGCAUCCUGGAAGGAGGUGGUAAAGGAAGCGUGACAGUGUGCACCCCACUGACGGGGGCCUAUGAUCCGGACAUUAAUGAAACCAGCAACGAGUUGGGAGUGUCUAUGUUGAAAUCCCUUAACAGUGUGGUUGGGAACUUUAUAGGUGCCAUAAAUGACGUGGAUGAUAGGAGAUCACAGGCUCAGAAGGAUGAUUAAUGAUGGAUGAAGUGAACAAACUGACAGAGGAGGGUCAUAUUUAAUUUAGUGAUAUUGCCAGUACAGUUUGCUAGCAUACUGUAAUCACUGAAGGCCAAUACUGUGGUAAUAAAACUAGUGAACUAGAUCCGUUUGACUAGAUUAACAUCAUACAGGAAUUCAAUCACUGACUAUAUAUUAAAAAAAAAGGAUAUAUAUAUAUACAUAUAUAUAUAUAUAUGAUCCUAAUUUUCCUAUCAGUCCCUCCUAUAGUCUGUUGGCCACACAGAUGUAACUACUGAAGCAGUUAUGGUAGAUACAUGAAGUUUGCUCAAGGUAUUUUGUUACCUGUAUCUACUGUACAUGUUCUCAUGUCUAUAUUUUGGUUUAAAUGCUGUAUAUAACUGGAUUUGUAAAGGUAACCAUCAAAUGUGCAACAUGGGGUGAAUAUCUGUGAUUCUCUAUCCCAAUAAAUCAAAUCUUAAAUUA